AUGGAAAAUUCUGGGUCGAUCAACAAAACUCAGAGAUCAGGAGAUAAUUUAAGGAAUUCAUAUAAGUACAAGUCAGUGCCUUCAAAUCCCUCAACAUCUCAAAAAGAAAAUACAAAAAUGGUUUUGAAAUACGGAUAUGCUAUCGGUGAACAAGUUGGCAACAUGACGAUGACCGCUGGGAGGUUGGUCACUCCUGCAAGAAUGCCGGAUGUCAUUAGCCUGUCGGUCGUAAAUUCUUCGACAUUCUUGGUUUUUGGGACAAAGCCAGAAAUACUUGAAUGGCUUCGCACCUAUUCGCAUGUCAGACUUGAGGUUACGCUGUUCGAUGACAGAAGCGAAGCACCGCACGUGAGCAUUCCAGACGUCGUGGUCGAUCUCUUGCCGGCCUUGGAUAGUUCUGGUAAUCCUCGCCGCAGGUCGCUCAUUAAUUACCUAAUUCCGACCUAUCACCCUGACCCAUCAAGCGAAGAGGUUCACCUUGAAUUUCGUCCGGUCAAUCAUAAAAUUGACGAAAACAUCGAACCCUAUUUUCGCAUUAUCGUGGAGAGAGGUUCAACCUUUGGGGAGAUAGUUGACGAAAUAUCGACCAAAUGGGAUUCGGUCACCUAUCCUAGCCUAUGGGAUAAUUUCAAGAAUAUCGCCUCCUUCACUCCCCCAAGCUCUUCCUCUCCAUCCUCUCCCACUUCUCCCACCCAAUCUCAUCAUAAUUCUCUUAGCACUGUGGUAGUCGAUCAGAAAUAG